AUGGAUCAACAAUUUUUGUCCCAACUGGAACAAACAUUAGGCGCUAUUGUUCAACCAAACUCAGCCGGGUUGAAAGAAGCUACUAAAACUUUGCAAAACCAAUUUUAUAAACAAGCAUCAACUGUUCCUGCUUUAAUUCACAUUUUACAAAACAGUCAAGAUGAUGCGUUAAAACAACUGUCAGGUGUAGAAGCAAGAAAGUUGAUUCCAAAGUUCUGGAAAGAUUUAGACACUGAAGUUAAAAAUCAAAUUAAGAGUAGCUUACUACAAACUAGUUUCUCAGAACCAAAGGAAAUAGUUCGUCAUGCUAAUGCUCGUGUUAUUGCUGCAAUUGGUACUGAAGAAUUGGAAGCACAACAAUGGCCUGAUUUAAUUCCAAAUUUGAUCCAAGCUGCCUCGGGCGAAGAUGCCACUACUAGACAGACCUCCACGUUUAUUUUAUUGUCAUUACUAGAAGACUAUACCCCGAGUUUAAUGGCCUAUAUUGAUGAUUUCUUAAACUUAUUUGGUCAAUUGAUAAAUGAUUCUGCAUCUUUGGAAACUAGAUCAUUGGCUGCUCAAUCUUUAAACCAUGUUUCAGGUUUGAUAGAAGAACAAGAUCAAAUUAAUCCACAGCAGGCUUCUAAAUUUGCUUCUUUAGUUCCAUCUGUCGUUGGAGUUUUAGAUGCUGUUAUCAAAGCUGAUGAUACUAGCAAUACAAAAAAAAUAUUUAAUUGCUUAAAUGAUUUCUUGUUGCUAGAUUCUCAAUUGACUGGCAAUACCAUUGGUGAUUUGGUCAAACUUUCAUUACAAAUUGCCUCCAAUACCAAUUUAGAUGAAGAUGUCAGGGUCUUUGCCUUACAAUUUAUAAUUUCUGCCUUAUCUUAUCGUAGAUCAAAGGUUUCUCAAGCUAAAUUGGGCCCUGAAAUUACUAUGACUGCUUUAAAAGUUGCUUCUGAAGAAAUUGAUGUUGAUGAUGAACUAAAUAACGAAGAUGAAGCUGGUGAAAAUGAAGAGAAUACACCUUCAUUAACUGCCAUUAGAUUAUUGGCGUUUGCAUCUUCUGAAUUACCUCCAUCUCAAGUUUCUUCUGUAAUUAUCGAUAACUUAUCUAACAUGAUGCAAUCAACUAAUCAGUUUGAAAGAAGAUCAAUCUUAUUGGCAAUAUCUGUUGCUGUUACAGGCUCUCCUGAUUAUAUUUUAACUAAUUUUGAUAAAAUUAUUCCUGCCACAAUCACAGGUUUAAAAGAUACCGAACCGGUUGUGAAAUUGGCUGCUUUGAAGUGUAUUCAUCAAUUAACAUCAGAUUUACAAGAUGAAGUUGCAAAAUUCCAUGAACAAUACUUGCCAUUAAUUAUUGAUAUUAUCGAUUCUGCUAAAUUUGUUGUUAUUUAUAAUUAUGCUACUGUUGCUCUUGAUGGUCUAUUAGAAUUUAUUGCCUAUGAAGCCAUUGCUAAAUAUUUGGAGCCUUUGAUGAACAAGUUAUUUUUUAUGUUACAAAAUAAUAACUCUUCAAAAUUAAGAUGUGCUGUAGUUUCUGCUAUUGGAUCUGCUGCUUUUGCUGCAGGUACUGCAUUCACCCCAUACUUUAAGAACAGUGUUCAAUAUUUAGAACAAUUUAUUCAAAACUGUUCCCAAAUUGAAGGUAUGUCCGAAGAAGAUAUCGAAUUAAGAGCAAUCACUUUUGAGAAUAUCUCAACUAUGGCAAGGGCUGUCAGAUCUGAUGCUUUUGCCGAAUUCGCAGAACCAUUGGUGAACUCUGCUUAUGAAGCUAUCAAAACUGACUCUGCUAGAUUAAGAGAAUCAGGUUACGCAUUUAUUGCUAAUCUAUCUAAAGUUUAUGGUGAAAACUUUGCUCCAUUUUUAAAAACAGUAUUACCCGAAAUUUUCAAAACAUUAGAAUUAGAUGAAUAUCAGUUUAACUUUGAUGGUGAUGCAGAAGAUCUCGCCGCCUUUGCUGAUGGUGCUACUGAAGAGGAUUUGCAAAACAAGUUCACUGUGAAUACUGGUAUUGCUUAUGAAAAAGAAGUUGCUGCAGCUGCGCUAUCUGAAUUAGCCUUGGGAACUAAACAAAAUUUCUUACCUUACGUAGAGCAAUCUAUUAAGGUAUUAGCUGAACAAGUUGAUGAAUCAUACGGUUUAAAAGAAACUGCUUUAAGCACAUUAUGGAACAUUGUUAAAGCCGUCUUUUUAGCCUCUAAUAUUGAGCCAGAUAACUAUCCAAAGGGGAUCCCCUCAACAUCAUAUGUUGAUGCCAGUAUUCUUGCCGUCAUCCAGAAUGUAAGAAGUGUUUCCAUGACUAAUUUAACCGAAGAAUUCGAAACAUCUAUGGUGAUUACUGUCUUAGAAGAUUUUUCAAAUAUGAUAAAACAAUUUGGCCCAGUAAUUAUUAUGGAUAACGGUGACUCAUCAAUGUUGGAAGCUUUAUGUAUGCAAGUUUUGAGCGUUUUAAAGGGCACACACACUUGUCAAACGAUUGAUCUUGAGGAUGAUGUUCCAAAGGAUGAAGAUAUGGAUGCCUCUGAGACGGAAGCUACCUUAUUAGAUGUUGCUUUAGAAGUAUUAGUUAGCUUAUCCUAUGCUUUAGCAGGUGAUUUUGCUAAAAUUUUCGAAAACUUUAAGCCAGUAAUCUUACAAUUAUGCCAAGCCAAAUCUAAAAAUAAGAGAUCAUCUGCCGUCGGUGCUACCUCUGAAAUUGCUUUAGGUAUGAAGUCUCAAAAUCCAUUCAUCCAAGAAAUGCUAGAAACUUUACUAAUACGUUUGACUACUGAUAAAUCGUUAGACGUUAGAGGUAAUGCUGCAUAUGGUGUUGGUUUAUUAGUUGAAUAUGCCUCCUUUGAUACCUUAUCUAUUUAUCCUCCAGUAUUGAAAGCUUUGUACGAAUUAUUAAGUGCUGCUGACCAAAAGAUUGCUUUAAGUACUGAUGAUGAAUCUACUACUGAGAUGAUUGAACGUGCGUUUGCUAAUGCUUGUGGUUGUGUCUCUAGAAUGGCCUUAAAGAAUGAGAGUGGUGUACCAGUUGACCAAGCUAUUCCAGCGAUGCUAGCACAUUUACCAUUAACAAUUAGUUACGAAGAAUACACCCCAAUUUUUGAAUUAAUAAUUAAAUUAUAUCAAUCUAAUAGCAGCGCCGUCACAAAUCACACUCCAAAAAUCGUUGAAUUUUUUGCAGCUGUUUUCCAAAAAGACAAUGAAAGAAUCAAAUUGGAGCAAGAGUCUACUUUAGGUAGAGAAGAAAAUAUGGAAAGAUUGAAACAAUUCCAGACAGAUGAAAUGAAAGUUAAAGUUGUCGAAUUAUUGAAAUAUUUAAAUACCAAUUUCAACGGCAUUGUUGCUCAAAAUAGCAUCCUAGCUCCAAUUGUUGCCUAG